UCCACCCUCCAGCCUCCCCCUAACACUUCUCACAAAUAUUACCAAGCUUAAUUUGAGGAGCUCGCCCCACAAAGUCACAUCGUGUCCUGGUUUUAACAAGCUUUCACCUGUCAGAAUUUCCGAAAAUUGAUUUUUCUUUUUUACCCCACCGGUUUGGCACCGUCGGAUGCGCUCCAGGCAGCGUUUUUCCAACUCCAACUUUAUGCACCGGCUGGAGGGCUGCUGUCGCCGUUAACAGGUCGCUGUCCCGGGGUUUCAGUCCGGUUCUCCGCCCGUACAGGGACACUGCAUGUCGGAGGCGAAGAUUGUCUGAUACAAUAUACGAUCGUGUGUCUUAAUUUGGGGUCGUCGAUCGGAGAUCGACUCUCUGUCAAGUUGUGCAACUCGGGGCAUUGAAUUGCCGAUCUCAUCGCUGCUGGCAAAGACUUCAAGGAAAGUGCUGCGAUUUCACGAGUUGUAUUGUUUUUUGUCAGCAAAAAUAAGAAGAGAAAGAGGACAUUUUUCAUUCUGAACUUUAUUAUUAAAUCGAGUAUCCAUGAUGAGCAAACCCGCCGGCUCAACAAGUGGCUGUCUGGAUAUUCUGAAUGUCAAAUCAAGUCGGAUUCUGGACAUCCCAUGCAAAGUGUGCGGCGACCGCAGCUCAGGGAAACACUAUGGUGUCUACGCCUGUGACGGCUGCUCGGGAUUCUUCAAGAGGAGCAUCCGCAGAAACAGGACCUACGUUUGUAAAUCUGGCUCUCAGGGUGGAUGUCCCGUCGACAAAACUCACAGAAACCAGUGCCGAGCGUGCCGUUUGAAAAAGUGUCUGGAAGUGAACAUGAAUAAAGACGCUGUUCAACACGAAAGGGGGCCCCGGACGUCCACCAUCCGCAAACAGGUCGCCCUAUAUUUCCGGGGUCACAAAGAGGUGAACGGAUCAUCGACCCAUUUCCCGGGAUCCUCUCUGCCCGGCCCUCCCUUCUUCACCACAGUCACGCAACUGGAGUCUCACAACCUGGACAUGAGCACAGUAGCCACCACACCGGAAAGACAGGCCAUCGUGGGUCUAGCACAGCCCACCCCGAAGUAUCCCCAUGAAGUCAGCGGUACCCCCAUGUACCUCUACGAGGUGGCAACGGAGUCUGUGUGCGAGUCAGCGGCGCGCCUCCUUUUCAUGAGCAUCAAGUGGGCAAAAAGUGUUCCUGCAUUCUCCACCCUCCCCUUAUCUGACCAGCUGAUUCUGUUAGAGGACGCUUGGAGGGAGUUAUUUGUUCUGGGCAUCGCGCAGUGGGCCAUUCCUGUGGACUCCACUACUCUUCUUGCUGUUUCAGGAAUGAACACUGAAAACACAGAGUCUCAGCGGAUGAAUAAAGUCAUGUCUGAGAUACAAGCACUUCAAGAGGUGGUCACCAGAUUCAGACAGAUGCGUCUUGAUGCAACAGAGUUCGCCUGUUUGAAAUGCAUUGUGACAUUCAAAGCCGUUCCUACGCAUGGCAGCACUGAGGUCAGAAGUUUCCGCAACGUCAGCGCCAUCGCUGCACUACAAGACGAGGCACAGCUCACUCUCAACAGUUACAUACACACCAGGUACCCGACUCAGCCCUGUCGCUUUGGGAAGCUGCUCCUGCUCCUGCCGGCGCUCCGAUCGGUCAACCCAUCCACCAUAGAGGAGGUGUUCUUCAAGAAGACUAUCGGCAACGUGCCCAUCACCAGGCUCCUCUCCGACAUGUACAAGUCCAGCGAUAUAUGAAUUCUCGCCAUUUGUCCAGGCGUAUGGAAAAGACUUGAGCUGAAGGCCCAGAGACCCACCCAGCAGUCGACAGAAUGUCAAAUCAUAGCAGGUUGAAUUUUUGCUGAGCACAAAAUCUCUUUAGGUCUAGCAUGCAUUGAAACAAAGACUGCAACACAGCUGGAAUUAGCCUGAUGACAGUUGCUCUAGUUAAAGAUUAGCAUGUAACUUUCAUAAUAGAAUUACCUGUAUGAUACUGAAAAACUGCAAACUCUGGUGUGGGCACAAAAAGCCUACAGUGUUUAAAUAUCGCCUAAAGACUCUGUAGAGCACUUGCCAAGUAUGUCUGACAAAGACAUGUUAUAUAUUAAGAAGUUUUUUCAAGUGUCUGUGAGACCAAUGAGCUUGAUGACCAAUUCAGUCUUUUAUUGCUGUGUUCAAUCCCAAUGGAGGAAACCAAAAAAGAUGAUGCAUGCGUAAUGGGGAAUGUGAAUCGCUGUCCCUUGAUCCGGUUCUGAAACCAAACGCACAGGGCAACGAAGAAGAGGUGCGAAUUCUAUGAAGAAUUGGGGUGGGGGUGGGGGAGACUUUUAAAGGAUAUACUUGCAUUGCCUCCUGACUGUAAAACUACAUUCAUCUGAAGAUGGUGUUUGUAUUUAAGUGGUUACUGUCCUGUUUGUGUCGGUGUGUCCUGUUUGAGGUGCGGCAUUAAAAAUGUUUAGGUCGACUUUGUGAAGUUAGACACUAACACUGGAUAAAAUAAUAUUCAGCACUGUUAUUCAGCAAAUGUUUUUGUGGGCUGUGAUGUUUUUAUUCAGUUGUAAAUAUUUGGAGUUAUAACUAUUUAGAGUUGUAACCAAGAGAAUAAAAGACACUGAAUUAAAUGGUUGUCAAAUAACCUAGAUAUAAAACGA